AUGGACAGAGCUCAGACGUUCAUUAAAGAAUGUCUUUUUACGAAAUGUCUGGAAGAUCCUGAAAAACCGAUCAACGAAAAUAGAUUGCAAGAUACCUUAUUGUUAUUGCCAACCGAUGGCGGAUUGACUUCUAGACUCCAAAAGCAACGAAAAAAAUCAAAGUUGAACCUUGACAAUUUGCAAAACGUCUCUCAAUCAAAAAGUGAAGGCGAACAGCUAGCGAAGGAAAAUUACCAAAAAAUUAGCAAAAAUUCUAAAAUUGCAUUGAGAGAAUUUAUUAGUUCUUGUAAGAAAAAUGCCAGAAAGUGUUUGAAAUUAGCACAUGACAAUAAAAUUACUGAUAAAGCAAAUCUUUCAAGCUACCUGAAAGAGAAGCACCCAACGAUAUACGAAUCUUUGCCGGAGUAUGAUGGUUUUGUACCGAUGUAUAAAGAAUUAUGGCUCAACUAUAUUAUUGAACUUUUGAACAUCACGAAAAAUAUAAAAGCGUUCAAUGGAUCAUCAGCGUUAUUGAAGUUAUCUAUGGCAGACUAUAACGGUGCGCUAUUACGUGUUACCAAGAGCAAAAAUAAGACCUUAAUAGGCAUCCAGGGCAUUGUGAUCUGGGACUCUCAAAAAUUUUUCGUAAUGAUCGUUAAGGGCCCUCUAGUAGACCAGGUGAAGUGCAUACCGAAGAAGGGCACAGUGUUCCAGUUUGAAAUUCCAAUCUCGGAUAACGAUGACUCCGCAUUGAGGUAUAGUAUACUGGGUGAUAGGUUCAAAUACAGAAGUGUUGAUCGUGCUGGUAGGAAGUUCAAAAGUCGCCGCUGCGAUGAUAUGCUAUACUAUAUACAAAAUUAG